GAUGAAGAUGGACUGAAGAUUGACACGAACUGUCUCGCGAUGUGAAUUGGUAUCGAUCCGACCGACUGCUUCUAUACGUGUGGGUCUGUGUGUGUGUGUGUGUGUGUGUAACGUUUGUUCAACCUCCCCCUCACUCAGCAACAACAAAAACAACAGCAACACAAAAAAUCAUUGAUUCUGCAGUAGAGGAGAAAAACGUACAACGGGGGGAGGGCAAAAUUGUUGUGCUCGCGUGUAUACCGGGAGUUUCCUCCCCUUCGAUCAGCUGAUAGUGACGUCAUCAUCCAAACAACAACACAACACUUGGUCGUGUUGCUCAUCGUGAACGCAUUUAGUGGUCAUCGGCGUCCGUCAGAGUGUCGACUCUCUUUUGCGAAUGAGUGGAUACGGCGUGAUUCUCAACGGCGGAACGGCCGAGAAUUUCACUUUAGGCACAGUGGAAGGUCAUCAGGAUCCAACGGGAGUGACAUACGAUGAAUGGGAACCGGAGGAUUUGGUGGCCACCGUACAGUUCUUGGCAACAUUGGACGACCGGCUGCCUCACAGUGCGUACGUUAUCCCCGGCAGCAGCGCCGAAGAAGCCGAGGGCCUCGUCGAGCUUUCGCCCUUCUGUAAUAACAAUUCGACAGCAGUAGAGGAAGAUGACGAAGCAGAUGUGAAUCUCGUUGAAACGAUGAAUACGACGUCCUCUUCCGUCGAGGAGGCCAACGAACCUUUGCUAUCCAGCACCACCCUCCUGGGCGAUGCUUCCGCUCCCUCCGCUCCCUCCGCUGCGUUGAGCGACAUCACCGCAGAGGAGAAUUCCGUUUCUUCUGCCGCCCAGACUCCUUCCUCUAUAGAGGAAAGAUCAAUCAUCCGGACCUCCAACAAGCCAACCCAUCUGAAAAGGGUUUCAUUUGGAAGCACAAAAGGAUCGAUGGUAGAGACCCUGAUCUACGAGAGUCCACAAACAGAAGAGGGACCCUCUGCGACAUCAGCCGGAUGGAGUAAAACCAACAUAAGUAAGAGCAAAAACUUGCGGUCAGUCAUCGGUGCUGUGCCUGAAUCUCUACCCGAAGAGACUGUAGCACUACUCAGUGAAUCGGCUCGUUCGGCCUCUAAAGUCCGAGUGACGUAUUUUGAAUCCAAACGACCGCUGACGCUACCAUCGCCGGAGGCGUCUGAUGCGGAGUGGGACGAUAUGGCCGAACCACCUCCGCAGCAACAACAACUCAAUUACACCCGACAACCCAGUACGGAAUCGGGACAGGACAAUCCAUUCCGGCCGGAUGGCGAUCUAAGCCGUGAGGCGGACGAACUUGUCGAACUGCUGAGAGGCGGGCGGGUUUCCAUCUCUGAAGUGUUGAAGAAUAAAGAUGGCAGCCAACAACCAGAACCAACUUAUAUUGACGAAGAGCAACCGAGUUCUGAACAGGCUGUCCAGGUGAGCGGUUCGUCACCACCACGGAAUACGUCUACUCCUUCAUCUCCGGCCAGCAAAGCUGACUCCCCAGACAGUGGGCGAAUCAAUGGCAAUCUGACGGAGCAGGAAAAGAAAGCUGCCGAGGCAGCUGAGAGCAGUUCGGUCGAAGUCCAACGUGGAGUCGUGGCUCCCGUAGCCGGCGAGAGUCAAGUCGAACACGUUGUAAUCAAGAAGAAAUCCAAGUGUCAGUGUUGCGUCAUUCAGUGAUGAUCGCCGAUGUUCUGUGCUGAUAAACUGCCGCGGCCGUCUCCUAUCGCCGCAUCAGUUGGACUCUUUUUCUUGUUUGAUUUUCCUUUUUUUUUUCACCUUUUUUUUCUGCCUCUCAAGACUUCUGACGCGGUUGACGCCCAAUUAUAGGAUGUGAAGACGCCCUCUCUCCCGUUCUGUCUGUCUUCUAGAUCUAUAAUAUUCUGUUUUAUUAUUUAUUAUUAUUAUUAUAUAUAUUUUUUUUUGCAUUUUUGUUCUUCAAAUGGCGGAUUCGGGACAGUUAACUAAUUGUAUCCUAUGGUGACUAGACUACCAUAUUUUUUACCCAUAACCAAUUCCUGUUCCGGAAUGUCUUUUUUGGCUGAAAGUCGUAAGCAGGGUGGAGGGAAGGAAGGAAGGAAGAGGAGACAAGUUCCGCUGUAUUUUUCUUUCAUCGCGUGAGUGAACAGAUUUAUUAAUUUCCUUUGUAUUGGGAAGAAAUAUCGAGAUUCCUCCCCAUAUAUUUGCUAAUGGUACACACAACCGUACGGUACUCUUUCGCUCCUAAUCUUUAUUUAACCUUGGUCCCGCAAUAACCUCUACUACUCGCAAAUCCUUCGAUUCAACAACUGCUACAAUGCUCUAUUCACAUGUGUAACCUGUGGUACAUAUAACUCAACAUGCAGUUGUUCGUGCGUUAGAAGGGAAGGUGAAUUUCAGGAGAGGAGAAGGCAAAACAAAGAAGACGCUUGGCCAUUGGAUUUAGACGACAACAAACCAAAAAGUGUGAGAGGGGCUUUAACAACUUGUACGACGUCCUAAAUAUAUCGGUGUAUGAUGUA